AUGGGUCGAAAGUACAAGGAGAGCUGCAAUAAGAAUGGUGCAAACCUACCACCAAAUUUGAACAACGCACAAACCUCAUGUGCACCCAGUAGAUCCGAUGGCAAAGAAAUUGGAAAAGAGAUGAAUGUUGCCGAGGCGAUUCACAGCGAAGGAUCAAAACAGCAGCAAGAGAAAGAAGAAUCAGAUCGCCCCGGAAAUUUACUGCAGGCUGAAGUCGCACCGGAUAUCAAUGCAGUAGUUCAAGAUGCGGUUCAACGAGCCGUGCGAGAGGCCAUGUCUUCGAAUCAUCAUCAUCAUUCAGCACGACAGACAUUUCCUCAGCAACCACUCGCAACAGUAGUUUCAUCCAGCAGUAACAUUCAUGACAAAGAUAAUGAAGAAAAUGACGGGAACGAUCUUUUCAGAGGCAAACUUUGGAUCUUGGUUGCAAUUGUGGUGGUGGUGGCCAUGGCUGUUGGAAUUGGAGUUGCUGCUAGUCGUGACGAUGAUGAUGAUGUUUCGUCGCAGAUGGCCGCUAGGAUGCCAUCCAUGGCUCCAAGCGACAUGGCAUCUGCGAUGAGACUGAUGUCUCUCAUCUAUCCUGGUCAGGAGAUGGAGGAUCUUUCACCAGCAGCAUACAAUGCCAUUCAAUGGACUGCAAUAGAGGAUGAUUUUGUGCUCAACACAAUGGUGGUUACGAGUGAGCUGCUGGAACGACACGCUCUUGUCACCAUGUACUACAAUCUGCGUGGUGAAGGCUGGGUCUUUGAUUCAUCAGACAACUGGCUGACGAGUACAUCUCACUGUGACUGGGAAUUUGUUGAAUGUGACGAGAAUGGUUCUGUCAUUAGUUUGAACUUUCGGUCCAAAGGACUCCAAGGUAGUUUACCGGCAGAAAUUGGGAAUCUUAGUAACUUGAUAGAGUUACACCUUGUGGGAAAUCGAUUGACAGGGUCGUUGCCCACCCCAAGCUUCGGGCAACUCACAAAGCUUCGUUCACUCUUUUUGGACGAUAACCGAAUGAAAGGAUCGUUACCGAGCCAUCUUGGCUUGCUCGCAGACUUGGAGCAUGCAACGUUCAAUAAUAAUUUGUUCACUGGUCAAAUACCAACUGCCAUUGGCCGGUGGACCUCCAUUCGAUCACUUGAUCUCUCGGCAAACAGCUUUGCUGGAUCCAGCAUACCCACUGAAAUUGGGAACAUGCACCUUCUCGAAUCAUUGGACAUUGCGGGAAACCAACUUUCCUCGGCAAUACCGAGCUUUUUGGGGACAGCUACGAGUCUCACUAGACCAAGUCUCUCGGACAAUUUUCUAAGUUCGACAAUACCGACAGAAGUGUUCUCACUCACCGGAUUGUUGAAUAUGAAUUUGCAUAACAACUCCUAUUUGAUUGGACCUGUUCCCUCGGAAAUUGGUGCUCUGACACAAUUGAUAACCUUGGUAUUGAGUGAAAAUCGUCUGGAUUUCCUUCCAUCAGAGAUUGGAAGUUGCAGUGCACUUGAAUUUGUAUAUGCACACAGCAAUCGAUUCGGCAAGACGAUACCGACGGAGGUUGGGAAUCUAGUGAAUUUGAAUCAGUUGGGACUCGACAGAAAUGCUUUCACUGGAACCAUCCCCAGCGAAAUUGGUGCUAUAGAAGGCCUUUCGAUGCUUUACCUAAAUGACAAUCGGAUUAGCCAUGCCAUACCCAGUGAAUUUGGACGGCUAUCAAACUUGCUAAAGUUGCAGUUGAGUUCGAAUCGACUGACGUCAACGAUCCCAGCCGAGCUAUCGAAUCUCAAGCUCGUAAGAAAUGUCGACCUGACUGACAAUAUUUUGACUGGGAGUGUGCCGUCAUCUUUGAAUAUGUUGGGACGGCGUAUCUCGGGGUUUUACCUCUCUUCGAACAACUUUACAGGUGGAUUGGAAAACUUGCUGUGUGACUCUACAAGCCUUAAAAACUUCGAAGCGGACUGUGACCUUGUCUGUAACUGCUGUACUACAAGUGUUGGAAGUUGCUGA